AUGCUUUCGCGCGCGUCGGAACUCGCUUCGGAGCGAGGCGGCCGGAAAACGCCCGAGGCGGUCGGCUGUUUCGCGAGUUGCACGUUUAGCCCUGGGAAGGCGCUUACGCCUCAACGCUUCAAGACUUACGCAUCGCAUAGCGCUACUAAAAUGCCUCGCCUAUACGCCUCGCUUUUGAAAACAUUGGUUGCGCUCACUCUGAAGCUUUGA